UAGUAACACGAGACUGUAAGUAGUGAAUUUGUAAUAAUAACAAUCUUAGAAUGUCAAUAAAUUGAACAAUUUUGUGACAAAUUUUGAGGCAAAACAAAAUAAUUACUUUAUUGUGGUAAUCUAUUUUUUUUAUUUUUGUCUUUAACCCUCUUUAUUCCUCUAACCCUCUCUAUUAUUUUUAGGAAAUUUGAGAAACCUCUGACUUGUUUAGCUCUGUGCCCAAUCUAACGUUUUUCUCCUUGUGUUAACAUUUGUUACAGAAAAAAAAUGAUUUAGUUUAACUAUCAUGCUUCAAUCAAUUAUUCCGCUUGACCAUUAUUUGUAUCUUCUCUCUUGAUCUCCGAAUAGAUAAAAUGAGCCUGGAAACGCUUCUUGAGGCUGCCAGGUAUUUAAGUAGAGUUGAACAAGAUGCAGCAUUUUCCGAAAUUUGGUCCGAAGAGGGACAAUCCUCGAAUGGUGAUUCUGGUGGACAUCUCUUAAUUGACCCUAACCUGCCUAUAAGCUGUCAGUUUCAUACUUACUCGAGUGCAGCGACAGCCUCAAAACCUUUGGCUUUCCCAGUGAAAAACUCUAAAAAGACUCACUCGAGUCAAAACGAUUAUAAUGGAAUUACCAUUUCUCCUGUUUUACCAUCAAGUCUGUCAAGCCAGUCUUCAAAUCUGUCCUCGAGUCCCACUAGCAAUUCUUACAGACGACGGGCUCUUUCUACUGGAUCUAGUAGCAGUAGCGUUAAAGCACAAAGAGGAAACCGUAGCUCGCGUUAUAGUGAAUCGAGUCAUGAUGCGGAUUCAGCAGCUUCCAAUCGUCAUAGAGAGAUGCAUAAAACAUCUGAAAAAAAUCGUCGUGCCCAGUUGAGAGACUGUUUUGAACAAUUGAAAAAAGAACUGCCUCAACCCGAAUACCGAGAUCGUAAAUCAUCUCACAUUAAUAUAAUUAACUGUGCCCUUCGAUGUAUUCAAAAUUUGAAGAAAAAGGAGGCCGAGAAUGAAAUUGAAAUGGCUCGUUUAGCCAGAACCAAGGUUCGUCAUCAGAACACAAUUUCCCAAUUGAGGCAAGAUCUUAAAUUAGGCAAUUCAAUCGACGUGGAUAAAAUUUUGAAAGAAUCUGUUGAUAACGUCCCAGUUGUUGGUGCUUUUGAGGUAACUGGAAAUGAGAUGAGCGGAUCUUCAUCAGCCUCUGAUUCCUAUUCCAUGGUGAAAACCCCAUCCACUUACCGUGGAGAGUGUGAUGGUGACUAUCAAAGUGACGGAGAAGUUAUCGCAAUCAUUGCCAACAAUCUGCUCAACAAAUUUUCUUUCUAACUCGAGUGACACAACAAUCUGUUAAUUUGGGAGUUUGAAGCUCAUCAAUUAUAAAUUGAAAAAGAAUUCGUUAGGAAAAAACUGAAGAUGGUAAUCGUGACAAGAAAGAAGAAAGCAGAAGAAAAAAAGGAUGACUUUAUUAAAAUAAUUAUUAUUGAUCAUUUCGUUUUCAAGCACACACACAAUGAUUACAAUUUCCAAAGAGAAUGAGAAAAGAUAAAAAAUGCUUACAGUAAGCAGUAAAAAGAUUUUACAAAACGAAGAAAGCAAAAACAGGAUAAAACUCAUCAUUCAGCCCUUAAACUCGAUCGUUUUACUUUUUUGAGCUAAACGGUUUUUCGGUUGAUUCAGAUAGAUUAAAACGCUAUUAACAAGCAUGAAACAAAUUGUUGGCUAUUGUUUUUUUCAACUUUUUUUUCUCAAUCUGCAAAAUCAUUAAAAAAACGUUGCGAAAGCAAGAACGGAAUGUAA